UUUUUGGCUUCUCUCUAUAUAUAUACACAAUCUGCUCUCAAAACAAACAAGCCCACCAAUCUCAUCUCUGCUCCAUAUCUUCUUCUUCUCUCACUAAGAACCAAACAAUGCUCAAACCGUUGCUUCUUCUCCAAUCGUUCUUGUUCUGUCUCUUCAAUGUUGCUUUCGUCGGAGGACGGUUAAUCGGCGGCGGUUUCAAGGCGGAGGCGAAUCCAUUCACUCCCAAAGCAUCUCUCGUCCGUUACUGGAACAAAGAGAUCCGCAGCGACAAAUCAUCAUCCUUCAGAUCGGAGUUCCUCAUCUCCAAGGCGUCGCCGCUCAACGCCGUCGACUCCGCCACUUUCGCCAAACUCGCCGCCCACAACUCCCUCCCGACUCGCCUCCCGGACUUCUGCUCCGCCGCGAACCUCUUCUGUUUCCCGGACCUAUCCCCGAGCCUCGAGCAGCACCCCGCCGACGUCAAGUUCUCCGUCUACGACCAGAAGAACUUCACCAACUACGGCAACGCCGCCGCCGGAGGCACCGACUCGUUCAAAACCUACUCCAAAGACGGCAACGUCGUCGCCGACUCGUUCCGGAGAUACAGCCGCAACGCCGCCGGUCACGACGACAAGUUCACCGUCUACGGCGACAGCAGCAACGUCGUGGAGGAGGGCUUCAACUCCUACGGGACCUUCGGAACCGGCGGCACCGGAGAGUUCACCAACUACCAGAACGACGUCAACAACCCGACGAGCCGUUUCACGGCGUACUCCGACGGCGGAAACGGGAAGUCUCAGUCGUUCAAGACCUACACCCACGAGGCCAACGCCGGGAACGGCCAGUCGUUCACGAGCUACGGGAAGAACGGCAACGGAGUGCCGAACGAGUUCGCCUCCUACGGCGUCUCCGGCAACGUGAUCGGCUCCGGUUUCGCGAACUACGGCGAGAAAGGAAACGCCGCCAACGACUCCUUCACUAGCUACGGCGACGACGGGAACGUUCCGCAGAACAACUUCAAAAACUACGGCGCGUCUGGAAACGCAGCGUUUGACACGUUCUCGAGCUACAGAGACAAAGCCAACGUCGGAGACGAUUCUUUCUCCUCCUACGCUAAGGAAUCAAACUCCGGUACGGUUAAAUUCAAUAAUUACGGUCAGUCAUUUAAUCCCGGUUCAGAGACAUUCACCGGUUAUGGGAAAGGAGCGGAAGGACACAAGGUAAGCUUCAAAACCUACACGCCAAACUCCACAUUCAAAGACUACGCCAAAAACGGCGUCGGUUUCGCGAAGUACAACGUCUCCUCCACGUCAGCAGCAGCAACGACCCUCGGCGAUGGCAAAACCGUGAAUAAGUGGAUCGAGCCGGGCAAAUUCUUCAGAGAGUCGUCGCUCAAGGAAGGAACAGUGCUUCCCAUGCCUGAUAUUAAAGAUAAAAUGCCUAAAAGGUCGUUUUUGCCCCGGAGCAUCAUCUCGAAGCUCCCCUUCUCCGCCUCCAAGCUCGCCGAGAUCAACGGGAUCUUCCACGCCGGAGAAAACUCCACGAUGGAGAAGAUCAUCUCCGACGCGGUGACGGAGUGCGAGAGGCCGCCGAGCGCGGGGGAGACGAAGCGGUGCGUCGGAUCGGCGGAGGACAUGAUCGACUUCGCCACGUCGGUGCUCGGUCGGAGCGUGGUGCUGAGAACGACGGAGAACGUGGCGGGGUCGAAGCAGAAGGUGGUGAUCGGGAAAGUCAAAGGAGUCAACGGCGGGAGAGUGACGAGAGCUGUUUCGUGUCACCAGAGUCUUUACCCGUACCUGAUGUAUUACUGCCACUCCGUUCCUAAGGUUCGGGUCUACGAAGCGGAUCUUCUCGAGCUGAAGAGUAAGACCAAGAUCAACCACGGAAUCGCCAUCUGUCACAUGGACACGUCAUCGUGGGGUCCGAAGCAUGGAGCUUUCUUAGCUCUCGGGUCGAAACCGGGUCUGAUUGAGGUUUGUCACUGGAUAUUUGAGAACGACAUGAACUGGGCGAUCGCUGAUUGAAAACCUUGGUCGGGUCUGGAUCUAUCGUGCUUUUUUUUCAAGUUAUUAAAUAUGAAUAUUAUCUUAUCGCCGAGAUUUGGAUAGAGGAAUGUUAAUUUUCUACUAUUGUUAUUAUGCUUUCCUAAGCAUUUUUCAGUAACAGUAAAGACUCGUUACUGAUUUGUUUGUGGCGGCACGAAUAAUAUUUAAGAUAUUUAGUGAA